GCCAUGGGGAAUCGAGAACAGCCGCCCGCCUUGCUUAGGUAAAGCCAUGGCUAGCUCGUACGGUGAUGGAACUUAGUAACUGUUUGUGCCAAACACGUCCGCCACAGUGCUCAGGAUGUCGUUUCUGUGGGCUGACCAUGAAGCGAUCUAAUCACUUCUCACCCUUUGUGCGCCCUCAUCCAGUCCAAAUUUCCCCGUCUGUUGAUGCCGUCUCUAUAACGAGAGGUGUCGCUGCCCAACAACCAGGCACCCACUGUCCCUUCGUCAAUUCUUUUACCUCUCAAUCCCUUAUAAGACCCACUGCAGCAUAAAGAUUACAUGCCUCACUGAAGCAGUCCCACUGAGUUUUCUCGUGAAAGAGUGUGACCGUCUACCGGCAUCCGUGCCCUCGCACGUUUUGCUGCGCUCCAAGACUUCAGAGCGUCCUACCAGACCUCUAGUUACAAUGUCUACAGGCGAAGACGACCUUUUAAUGGGGGCUUCUUCCCCUUCAGGGGUCUUUGGCCGAGUCGGUUCAAGGGGAGCAGAGCAGAGCCCUUUGUUGCCAGAGGUCGAAAGACGGAAAUCGAAGAUGCUGCUUUCUGUCCAGGCUGAUGUUGGCAAGGGUUUCGUCUUCGCUAUGCGCCUUUCAAAAUGGUAUCUCUUUUACUGCACCUUGAUGGCUCUGGCAACUCUGAGCUUAGUCAUCUACAUGAUCGUCGACGUUCAUGUGAAAGGAAAUGUGAUGCCCAUUUGGGCAGUCGUGGUCGAUGGGGUCAUUACGGUGACUCUCUGCGUCGAGACUGCCCUGGAUAUUCACUUCAUUGGACAGCGAUUCUGGGGGAGCGGAUGGCACGUCUUCGACUUCGCCGUGGCCUUGACAAGCUUCGUUAGUUGGGUUCUGCUGCUGUUGGAAGUGGUCGGCGUGAUCAGAAAUUUCGAUCAGUUCGUCACCAUCAUUUUGCUCACCUGCCGUUACACUGCACAAGCAAUCAGAAUCGUCCGCUUCAUCCGCACGGGCGCCGAGGCACAAGACGCGCAGACUGCUGUUGAAGAACAGCCGAUUGUUUUCGAUUCCCACGCAGCCAGUGCCGCGCGUGCAUUCGGCGAUGAAUUCGGACCAAACGACUCGCAGCAUGUCCGGGUUGAUGCCAUGUGAUCUAGCGAUGUCAGGCCGACCGAGAGAGCAUAACUGAAGUCACUUUCAUUGCUCAACAAGUUCACGGAGCUGUGAAAUCAUUCAACAAGCGAAAAUGUCUCUAUCCUGACGCACCAGGAGUUCAUGAAGUUGACUUAUUUAGGUGCACUUGGCCAGUGGUGCAAGGUAACUAGCCGCUCUGGGAGGUGUUGAAUGGAAGAUGGGCCUGCAGAUACAGACCCCGACGCGGCGAUCAGCAUAAUGUGGUCGCACGCACCACCGUCUGCGGCUUCCUGGUGCCCCCAGUCCAAGAUGCCAAACCAGCCCGUUCAUGUAGGAAGGAGACAUAAGCACACUGAGUCUGCCCACAUCUAGCCUACGGCUCUCCAUGCGUGGUUAAGGACUAAGAACCUAUCCGGUUUCCUGGAUCGCGAUCAAUGUCGAAAGCCGACGCUGCAUCGUCUACAGACUACGUCGGUCUGUGUUAGUCGCUAACAAAUGCAUGCAGAGCUGACAUACGGGCUAGUUGUCACUGUCAUUCAAUUCUACCGGAAAGGAUGGGUCUAUUUAGCAACAGUUAGUUGGGUUAACUGUGCAUGCGCAAAGGGAGCACCAGAAGAGUUCGAUAUUUGUCUUGUGGGCAGACGAUUUGAAUAACACAACGGUGGCGUGGAAUUUUCUAUCCGGCGUAACAAGACGUCAUCCCAGCCGAACCACUAGGCAGGUCGAACGAAGGAUGACUUCACCCAGGCUACAAGCGUUCGCAGGCUGCUUUUCUGUGGAUCCUUAAAAGGGGCAGUUAUUUCAUCCAAAUGGGAGCACCAUCAUUUUUUCCAUCCGCACACUGCGGGGUGAAAUCGGGGUCAAGGGCUACAUGUGAGUGCAUCUCAUUGUAUAUACAUUAUGAAAUGUGUGUUCCUUUUUGCAUGAGAAAUGAAGUUCAAGUGAUGGUGCUGCAGAGCUUUCCCACGGUUUUUGUUGCAGUGGACGUCCGCGGCUGAGGAAGAGUACAAUGCAAAGAUCUACUCUCCUGUACAGUGUCAUACGAAUAAUGGAAGUGUGAUGUGGGGGUCCUUUUGCUUUCCGAAUGCUCCCUCGUCAUACGGUGGCAAAUUCCAGUCUACAUUUGGUAAAGGUGCAGCCAAUGCAAGGCGUCAGGCCCUUCGGCGUGUGUAAACAGUUCUUUACACGGUUUGGCCAAGUAAGUUGGUCAGGCAGAUUUAACUAACGGUUGCGCAAGAGGAUACCCGCGAGUCGAUUGCUGCUCACGUAAUUAUCAUUGGCUAACAGUGAAAGCUCUGUGGCAGUUUAAUUUCCGAUUUGAGCGAAGAUUUUGGGUACAACUGAAAUAGCGGCUGUUUCGCGGCAUAUGCACCGUGACGUGUAACAUAAGUAAUACACUGGUAGCAUCCUGUGCAACCCACCCGCUCAUAUUGCUAGCACACAGACUGAAACAAGAACCCGCGUCACAGUAACUCAGUAACUCAUUUAUCACUACACUGUCUGUCAGUCUCUUUCACCCUGGUUGCACAGGCCGCCACAUUAUAAACCUGUCGCUGUGGGUUUCACUUUACGGCCGCCUGCUGAACAUAC